AUGACAUCGCCUCAGUUCGAAUCCCGGGAGAAAAGCGUCUUGACUUUGAUCUAUCCCAGGGUGCCUUCGCAAAGGUUGGUCCUCUUGGGUCUGAAGAAGCGGGGCUUCGGACAAGGUAAGUUCAAUGGCUUUGGUGGUAAACUUGAGGCAGGCGAGUCCCUUGAAGAAGGUGCCCUCAGGGAGCUGCGAGAAGAGUGCGGGCUUCGCGCAGAUCUCACCAGCCUGACGUGGCGAGGAUGCCUCACGUACAUUUAUGACACAAAGCCGAAGGCCAUGGAAGUGAACAUCUUCGACUUGGAGGCCUGGGGCGGCGAGCCGGAGGAGACGGAAGAGAUGAAACCUGCGUGGUACUCUCACGAGGAGAUCCCACUUGAGAAGAUGUGGGCCGAUGAUGCAUACUGGCUGCUGCAAUACUUGAAUCAGCAGAUGGCUACGCCCUUCGUGGGUCGAUUCCGUUUCAAAGGCCACGAGGGCCCAGACAGCUGGAAAGUUCUGGAGCACUUCGUACGGCCUCUCUUGCCUGCUUCAGUUCCCCGAAUGGGGCCAAGCGCGCAGAUUGAGCCAGGAGCCGCGCUCUUGGUCUCGACGGUGAGCUUUAUCGGUGCCCCAAGUGCUCGCCCGUUGGAGUCUUUCAUCCGCUACCACCUGCUCAAGGGCUUUGCUAGGGUGAUGAUAUUUGUCGACGACCCAGCUGAUUCGGCAACACUGGAUGCAGUCCGACGCUUUCCUGCGUCUCGCGUGCUGUAUCGCGUGCGCGGCGAGGAGCUGUGGCGAGAGCAGCGUCAGCACUGCUCCUCCUUCGACAAGCUGGAGGGCUUUGUGGACGAAGUGUCCGCCCGCCAGCUUCUAGAUUUUGAGCUUGCGUCCAAGUUGGCCCCAUCCCUGGGUUGCGGGUGGAUUCUGUGUUUGGACUCCGACGAGUUGCUCUACACCCGUGAGGAGUCGGUGGUUCCGCACCUCCAGUCGCUGGAGUCGCAGGGCAUCUACCAGAUGUCCUAUUUGAACCAUGAAGCCGUGCCUGAGCAGCCUGAGACCCUGGAUUACUUCGCCACUGUUUCAUUGUUCAAGCUGCACCAGUUUGCGGUGCCGCUUACUGCUAAAGCCCGAAGUGGCCUGCGCUUCUGGAUGAACCGAUCUAAGCAUGGCCAAUAUUUCUUGUUCUAUGACAAUGGCAAAAGCGCUUGCAGAACUGGCCUGGCUGCAACUCCCGCUAGCCAACAUCUUUGGCAGCUGCCCUCCGGCUACAAGUCCUGCACGGCCCUAGCAGAUCCGAGGCGCAUGGACGUGGAAGGCUUCAGGGAGUGUAAAGAUCCUUGCGUGCUUCACUUUCCGGUGUGUGGCUCUGCAUGGCUGACGGCAAAGUACAAGACGCUGGGAGAGUUUCCGGACAAGUGGCUGGGCAACAUGCCCCUGAACGAGUCUUUUCACAAAGAUGCCAGGGAAGCACAGCUACGUGGCGGCGAUACCCUCAAGACAAUGUUCAUGGAGCAAGUGCUGCUUGAUUCGAGAGAAGCAACUGCACAGAUCGCUUGCGGAACCUGCACACGCCUCACAGAACAUCUGACAACCCUGGAUGCGGUGUCAACCGGCACAGUCGCUCCCGACGCAACUGCGGAUGGAGCGGCUGACUCCUACGCAGUGGCUAAUGGAGACAGGGCCGUGGGUGUUGAGCGUGGCUGGAUCCUGUCCAAGGCCAUGGGCUACCUGUCGCCUGAGUUGUAG